AUGUGUGACCAGCAGAAGCAGGUGCAGUUCCCUCCAUCUUGUGUGAAAGGUUCUGGAUUAGGGGCUGGGCAAGGUGCCAAAGUUACUUCUGUGAAAGGUGUGGCUCCGUGCUCAACUCAAACCUAUGUGACAUGCCAAGCUCCAUGCCAGACAACCUGUGUGAAGUGCCCAGCUCCAUGCCCAACUCAAACCUAUGUGGCAUGCCAAGCUCCAUGCCAGGCACCCUGUGUGAAGUGCCCAGCUCCGUGCCCAACUCAAACAUACGUGAAAUGUGCAACUCCUUGCCAGACGCUUGUGAAAUGCCCAACUCCCUGCCAGACGUAUGUGAAAUGCCCAGCUCCAUGCCAGACCCAGAGAUACUACUAUGUUCAGUAUACUUCUCCUUGCCAGACCUACUAUGUUCAGGCUCCUGCAGGUGGCUCAGGCUCCCUGUCCUAUGUCCCUGAUCCAUGCUCUGCUCCCUGUUCCACCAGCUACAGCUGUCUGGCUCCCCGGACCUUCGGAGUGAGCCCCCUCAGACGCUGGGUCCAACGACCCCAGGACUGCAAUUCAGGAUCAGCUGGCUGCUGUGAGGAUUCUGGAUGCUGCAGCUCUGGAUGCUGCGGCUCUGGGUGCUGCGGCUCUGGGAUAGGCUGUUUGGGAAUUAUACCCAUGAGGUCCCGAGGUCCCGAAUGCUGUUGUGAUCAUGAGGAUGACAGCUGCUGUUAA